GCGCGUGUCAAAGUUCUGUCAAUCGUUUGUUUGAAAAUGGACUUGGAUACGGGAUACACAUUUGUGCCACUUGCUGAGAAAAAUUACGGUGGUUUUCACGAUAAAAUAGCCCAAGAAUUGUUAACUAAAUGGGGAGUCAAACCGAACAUAUGCAUCCAAAGGUUUUCAUUCAACGAGCCGUUUCAGCCUUACUUGAAAUACCAUCUAGCCGAGUUGUUCUUCAAAGAUCCAAUUGUAGCCAGCAAGUUAAAGACUAAGAAACUUAACAGCUGGUUUAAUGAGGGAAUUAUUGCAACAGAAGUUAAAACAGAGCAUAUUCCAUGUUCUGUUCUUGCUAUGUCAUUUUUCGAUAGGUUGAAAGAGCCAGAAAACAACAUUACUUACGACUCCAACAAAAUUCGUCAAACGAUGAAAUAUAAUGAGGACGGAGACUUGAUAACUGAUAAUUUAAAAGCUAUGCUUCUUGACCCAGAAUCCAAUGAGUACAAUUUAUACGAUAAUGAUGAACGCAAGGAAUUUAUUUUUCAUAUCCUACAGAUGCUUGUAAUUGGUGGUAAACUUUGUCAAUACGAAGAUGUAUUGAAUCCGUAUAUAGAUGUUACUAAAAUCUUGUACAAAGAUCUUGUGAGAGUUGACAGGCGAGAACAUACAACUGACUUAUUCAUCUCAACGUUGGUAUUGAAAGUUGUGGCUAUGAAAUCUGGAAAGCCAUAUUUUCCCAGAAACAUUGACGAAAAGACAAAUUAUGCAUUUCUAUUAGUGGACCAAGCAUCUCGUCAAGUUACGAGUUUCAUCCAUCAGUUAGAUGGACAUGAAGAAUGGAAGAAAUUGAAAAACCGAAAUGAAAACGAAUGAUAUAAAGUAAUAAUACAGUUGUGAAACUUGAUAAAGAAAAAUAUGCAAUAUGCGACUUAUAUUAAAUAUGCAGUUUGACUUUUUUUUUGUUCAUUCUCGAACAAGAUUCAAAUCUAAUGCAUUACAUUGAUAUUCAUAUUACGAACUUGCUUUACCCUUAUGCACUCAGGGUUCUUAGGUGCACGGCGACCAGCCAAGGUCAAUGACACAAAUUAUGUAUUUCAAAUUUCUACUUACCCGACA